AUGAUGGUAGUCAACGACGUUCCGCAUCUGUCCCCUAACUUCUUCUACAGCACCUUUGUUUGCGACGAACUAUACCAGCCAGCACGGCGCUUCAGGCGUCUUCCAAAGAAAGCAGACGAUAUCUCCAUGCAGGCGCUUCGAUACGCUAUCGCUGCCUACGCAAGUCAGUAUGGCUCGCAAGACCUGGGCGAAUGGCACGGCGACGAGAGCGAAAGCUUCCGCCGCCAGAAAGACACGCAGAUCGCAGAGGCAGCUUGGAUGCGCGCCAGAGACUUUCUGAUGGCCAACUCGUCCGUCGCCACCUUCAGGAUGGCGUAUGCGCUCCAUCUCUUCAGCAACACGUGCCCACCUCUGCGAAGUCCCGACGCCAGCCUUGAUGCGGUUCAAGACAGCUUGUACACCUUACAGACUGGGCUUCGCAUGAUGGACGACUUGGCGACCGACUUGCUCCGCCAACAGGACGAAGAGCUCUUUACGAUGGGUUUCAACAAUGCGGACGGUGCUCGGAUCGUCGAUGACGCCGUCUUGAGAACGGAUGCUGGAUAUCGUGCUCGGAGUGAUCGCGCGCAUGCUCUCAAGUAUGUUGCGGAAAAUCUCUUGUGGUAUUCGGCUAUCUGCGAUGCUGCUGCCGCUGGUGGCCACGGUCUAGCUCCGACGGUCCGCAGCAGCUUCCGGGAGAAGGUCGACAUCGACGCGCUUCAGCUGUCGGCUGCAUUGCCUUCCGCUUCGAUUUCGGCAUCCUCAAGCGCACAAUUCGAUCAGAACGGCUUCCCUUCGAUGGCCAACAUCUCCCAAAACCCAACAUUGGACUCGCAGAUUGAAGCAUCGACGAUGGGAUUCGGCAAUGCGUCCAUGUUGAGACUAGAGCCCAGCCUUAUGGUACCAUCUUUCAUCGGCGGUGACUGGUCGCAGAGACCGGAUUCAGCGAUGCCGAUGCAUCAAAGAAUUUCGAUCGCUGCCAGCGCAAAUCAGGGAAUGGUUGCCGCUUUGCCUAGACCCGAAGGUGCUACAACGGACGUCUCGCAAUUUUGGAGCAUGGUCGCGCGAAGGGCGAUCUCCGUCUCGAAAGAGAUCCCACAACGAUUGCCGGCGAUGAUCGCGGCGCCAGGAGACCCGGCCCGAAUCAAGGAGCUGCUCAGCCUAUAUCAGAGUGGAGCCUCCACGCAAAUCAUGAUUUGGCAACGUAUCGGCAGCUUCAGAGCUAAGCUCGAAGAUCCGAGCAGCACAGCUGCCGACCUCACAGAACACUUCCAACGAACGUGGUCCAUGGUCUUGUUCGUGCAGCAAGCUUUCCAGCCUCUAUUGGACUUGGAUGCGCGCUUCUUCGUACAGCUCCCUGCCUCUGCGCAGUCGAUGGCGACCCACCUCAUAGAUCAAGUCGGCACAGGAACCCUACUUUUUCUGGAGCUAUGCAGCUUCCUCGAGGGACUUCCGUGGCUGCAGGGCUCGAGGGAUCCGUCUUGGCCCAGAGCUUCGGUCGUGCUUCGAACUGUAUUGGACCAAUCGCGUGAGCUGCGCAGCGUCGUUCGUCGGAGAAGCGCGCUUCGCAUCGGCAGAUCGCAUGAUAUGGUGGCGCAGCAAGUCGAGCGCACCCUCCGCAGUGGAGCCUCGUCACCGCACGACAGGUUCGGUAGCGUCCAUUCGUCGGAUACUGCAUCGGGUCAGAACAGCCACCGUGGCAGUGACGCAGGUCUCAGCGAAGUACCGCACCUGCCUGAUAUCGCUCGCUUCGACGUAUCGUUGCCGCAGGACGACAUGGUCGUGCCUCCACUGCAAAUCCACAGCAGCCGACAUCCCGUCCCUACACACUUGGCUUCGGUGCUGCACCUCGCGUUCUGUGCGUUGGUACCGGAUGCGCUGCAAGAAAUUAGCCAGCAAGGUGCUGCGUCUCCCAUGACUCUCGACGCGCUUGAUGCAAAUCUUCGUGGAUUGCAGGGCAUACUCGACAGUGUCCUGAGCUUCGGACCUUCCUUCCAUCGCGAGCCGAGCCUCGAAGCCGUCUUUUCGACCAGAAACUGGCUAGCUCCUGGCCGUCAGCCGCUUGCACUUGCGCUGCGCUGA